AUGGAAUCCAGUAAGACAGUUACCGCCUCCAGAGCCAUCGUGGCGAUCGUCUAUCUGUCUCUAUUUCUGGACAACAUACUGCUAACGGUCGUAGUGCCUAUUAUUCCAGACUAUUUAUAUACCAUAGAUGAAACAUCCAGACAGGAAAGUUUAAAAACAUCUGGCCUCCUGACAUCACUUACUAAUCGGUCAGUCCUAGAACAGGUGGUGGACGAGAAUGUGCCAGUAGGGCUCCUACUUUCUUCAAAAGCACUAGUUCAGUUGAUAAUGAACCCAAUCGUGGGUCUGUUGACGAGUCACUGCGGUUAUCAGCUUCCUCUAUUCAUCGGCUGUAUACAUCUGCUAGUAGCUUCCCUACUGUUCGCAUUCGGAGAGAGCUACGUAGGUCUGUUCAUAGCCAGAAGUCUCCAAGGUGUGGCGUCUGCUUGCAUCGGUGUCUCAGGAAUGUGUCUGAUCGCCGAGUUCUUCCCCACAGAAGGCAGCCGAAGCAAAGUGAUGGGCUUCAUCCUCGGAAGCGUUGCUCUCGGGGUCCUCCUGGGAUAUCCUUUCGGAGGCUUCCUCUACGACUUCUUUGGAAAAACCAUUCCGUUUCUCUUAAUAGUGCUUUUUGUCAUUGUUGAUUUAGUGCUUCAAUUAUCGUUCUUGGAUUUGAAGCCAACGUAUGAGAGUGCACCAGUACAAGAAGGAUGGCUAAACUUGCUGACCGAUGGUUAUAUCGUCGUCUGCGCAUGCGCUAUUUGGCUAUCAUCCUCAGCUAUGGCUAUCCUGGAACCUUGCCUGCCUCUAUGGCUGAUGACUAAUAUUAAGCCACAGAAGUGGCAACUGGGCACAGUUUUUAUCCCUGACAGUCUUGGUUAUCUCCUAGGCACCAAUUGUUUUGGGUUGGUAGCACUGAGGCUGGGCCGUUGGAGGGUUGCAGUGGCAGCAAUGCUUCUAGUCGGCGUGUCCACUUUCCUGGUGCCCAGUGCAAGAGGGAUGGCAGAGUUAACUUUGCCACACUUCGGGCUGGGCCUGGGUAUAGGGGUAGUGGACUCAGCCUUGGUCCCACUGCUUGCCACCCUGGUCGACUCCAGGCACAGUGCUCACUACGGUUGCGUUUACGCCCUUCAGCAGAUGGCAGUCAGCCUAGCGUACUGCUUAGGUCCCAUGAUUGGUGGAGAAAUUGUACACUUGGUUGGAUUCCCUUGGUUGCUACGCGCUGUAGGACUCAUCAACAUUGCCUACUGUCCCCUACUCGUACUUCUCGGUCGGCAAGCUACUAAUUCCUCUCAGGCGACAGGCCUUGCAGUCUCCAACAGCUAUCAUGUCAACUACAAGUCCAACGAAGACAAUACAAUAUCCAGUAAAAAGUACGAACGUUUCCAUAACCCUGAUGAUGAAAGUGACUGAGCUUUUAAAAUGGUGCCAGCUUAUAUUGCGGUCGAAACCACAAAUAUUACAUAAACCUCAUUCGUUGAAAGACAUACAAUGUUUUAUGUACUAAAUAGUUUAACUCAUUUGCGUCUUGGUAGUUUAUGUAUGUAGAAACUAAAAGAUUAAAAAAUAAGAAUGCAUGUGAACUGCUUAUGAACCUCACUCCGCCAUGAUGAAUAUACAAUCAUUAUUAAAAAGUGAAUUAACUUUAUUUAGAAUAUUCAGAGAGUUCGUUUACGAUCAAAGCACAGUCUUUAAUUAUUUAUUUAUUUGUAUAAAAUGUAUACAAAUGCUUUCUCCGUUUUAUAUAAAUUUGAUUGA